UAGCGCCGCGCUCACCCGCACCCCCAGCUUGCCUCUCCCGGCAUAGCGGCAGCGUGCGCGGAGACCGGAGCGUCGGCUCUGCGCCCGGCGAAGAAAUAUUUUGAUGAGAUCUUUUUCAGUGUUAGAAUGACAAGCUCAAGACUGGCUGACACGACAUGUUAUGAUGGCAUGAACGUUUAACUCAAGACUGCAAUUUAACAGCAAAAUUUGACACCUUGCCUAAUUCCUUAUCACCUCUCUGCUGCUAAGGCCAACGUUGGUUUGCCCUUAGCUUGCCUGGAAUUGAUCAUGGCUGAUGACUCUCAGAGAAACUUCCGGUCAGUGUAUUACGAAAAAGUGGGAUUUCGUGGAGUUGAAGAAAAGAAGUCCCUGGAAAUUCUCUUAAAAGAUGAUCGUUUGGACAUUGAGAAGCUUUGUACAUUUAGUCAAAGGUUUCCUCUCCCAUCCAUGUACCGAAUACUGGUGUGGAAGGUGCUUUUAGGGAUUAUUCCUCCUCACCAUGAAUCUCAUGCCUUGGUGAUGAAAUACCGGAGCGAGCAGUACUGGGAUGUAUACCAUGCUCUCCGUAUAAUUCGUUUUAUCAAUGAUUCUACCCCACAGGUAGAUGUUUUCCUCCGAAUACAUCAGUUGGAAUCAGGAAAAUUGCCUCGAAACAUGGCUUUUCCUUUGGAACCUGAAGAUGAAGUGUUUCUUGCCAUUGCUAAAGCAAUGGAGGAAAUGGUGAAGGAUCCUAUAGAAUGCUACUGGCUGGUUAGUUGCUUUGUGAAUCAGCUGAACAGCAAGCACAAAGACUCAUUACAGCAACUGCCAAAAAUUCUGGAGCAGUAUUUGAACGUUGAAGAUAACAGACUCCUGAUGCAUCUGAAAGCAUGUUCUGCAAUGAGCAAACUUCCUUACCAUCUCUGGUUUAAAAAGUGCUUUGCAGGCUGCUUACCUGAGUCCAGUUUACAGAGAGUUUGGGACAAAGUUAUUAGUGGGUCCUGCAAGAUCCUGGUUUUUGUUGCUGUGGAAAUAUUAUUAACUUUUAAAAUGAAGAUAUUAGCACUGACUACUGCAGAAAAGAUUGCACAGUUUUUGGAAAAUAUUCCUCAAGAUAACACGGAUGCCAUUGUCAGCAAAGCUGUCGAUCUGUGGCGCAUGCACUGUGGGACUCCAGCACACUCUGCCUGAGAAACCUCUCGGCUCCCGACGGUUGGGAAAAGGCGACUUUGGAAAAGCCUCCUGGGACCUCUCGGUCCCCAUCAUAGUGUCGAUAGCACGAGCUCCCCGUUUCCUGUUCUCCAUAAAGAUGCCAUUAGAGCAUUUCAUGGCAUAGUUACCAACGUGUAAAUAUUUUGCAAUAAAUAUGGAUGAGAUGAAGAUAAUCCAGUAGUGGCAUGAUCACGUGCAGACUGUUUCUCUGCAAGCCAGUUACAGUACUCUGUUUGCACAGAGUGGUUUAAGGCUUUCA